AUGGAGUGGAUUAUCCUGGACCGACUCAUUAAACAUCGCAAAGAAAAAACGAGCGACGAGCAAGCUGGCUUUCGUCCCUGCCGAUCUACGACUGACCAGGCAUUCAUCGUCUGGAGAGUGAUCGAAAUCUGGCAGCGCUAUUCGAAGCCAAUGCAAUUAGCGUUUCUGGACUUCGAAACCGCGUUCGACUCUCCUCACCGAAGCCGUCUUCUCAACGCGCUCCGCGCAGAUGGAGUACCAGGAAAGUUCGUUCGCUUGCUUGAUGACAUGAAUCAACGCACAACUGCUGCAGUUCGAACAGCAGCCAGAUAUAUAACACCGUUUGAGCUGGUAACUGGAGUAAUUCAAGUGGUAGUAGCAGGACCUUUCCAGUUCAAUUUCGCCACCGACGUCAUUAUGCGAAGAGCAGUUGAUCAUUGUCCUGCCGAUAUCAUUCUGGCACCAUCAGAACCCACGGAUCUCCCUCACUAG